AUGGCCUUCAAUCGUCUCCCUCUUUUCCUUUUCCUAUUCUAUCUGGUCAGCUUGAUUGCUGCAUCUCCCGCAGACCAGCCGCUGCAUCUAUGGCAUCAACGGCGGGCCCUCGCCGAUCCGCCUACCCCCAGCUCGCAGAAUGUCUCGAGUAGUGCUCUCACUCAAGCCCAAAAGCUGGUGGCCUCGGCGGUAGCGCAGCAGUCCGAGUACAAUGCCUACCGCGUGGCCAAUCCCAAACGCAACACCUAUCAAUCCCGACACUCAGCUGCAUCCAAGCAGAAGCGAUCCGAUGAGCCGGCCGCUCCCACGUUGGAUGCCAACUUGCGAGCGGCGGCGGCGCUCUUGGCUGAACGCCAUGCUAGGCAGCAGCUGUCCAACGGAACCCUCCACAAAAGUUAUUCUCAAUUCUCCAAGGUGCCCAAGCCGCUCAAAAUCGCUGAACGGGAUUCCUCCUCGACCUACUGGGCGGCGGAGGUCGACCACGGUCUUCCUCCUAUGGGAUGGAAUCCGUCGUACCCCGUCUAUCGCGAUGUCACCGAUGCCCAGUUCGGCGCCAAGGGGGACGGAGUGACCGAUGAUACUGAUGCCAUCAACGCUGCCAUUGCCUAUGGCGGCAGCUGCAUGGAGGAUUGUGCGUCGUCCUCCACCAAGGGCACGUUUAUCUACUUUCCCCCGGGCACCUACCUCAUCUCCUCUCCGAUCAAUGCUUCCUACUACUCCCAACUCGUGGGCAAUCCCAAUGACAUGCCCGUCAUCAAGACGGCGCCUUCAUUCAUUGGCCUGGGAGCCAUCCAAAGUGAUGUGUACAUUCCCAACGACAAUGGCGAUGAGUGGUACAUUGAGCAAAACAACUUUUAUCGCCAAAUUCGCAACAUCAUCAUCGACAUCGAGGAGACCACCACCGCCUAUGCGGCCGGGCUGCAUUGGCAAGUCGCGCAAGCCACCUCCCUGACCAACGUGUUCAUCACGGCCAGUUCGACCAAAGGCACCACGCAGAUGGGCAUGUACACCGAGAACGGCAGCGGAGGCUUCAUGUCGGGCUGCACCAUCAUCGGCGGUCAGUAUGGCAUCUACGGCGGCAAUCAACAGUACACGGUCCGCGACUUUCAAAUUUCCAGUCAGACGGAGGCGAACAUCUGCUUGAUCUGGGAUUGGGGCUGGACCUGGGCGGGGAUGCACCUGUCCAGUGCGCCCGUUGGCAUCAGUUUGAUCAACCCGAAAGCGACCUCCGGACAGCAAGCGGGGUCGACGUACAUCCUGGACAGUAUGUUUGAUGAGACUCCGAUUGCCAUCAAGGCCGAGUUUGAGAAGAAGACCAUUCUGGAGACCAGCAUCAUCACGCUGGAUAACGUGGGGGUGAAUGGGGUCGAUACCAUGCUCGCCUUCCUGGAUGACGAGAGUCUGGACCUCAUGAAUGGGGAUAUCAACUUUGUCACCGUGGGCAAUCUCCACGAGGACUCCUCCAACUCCUUUGGCUACUACUCGGUGAAGGUCCAGACUCCUCCUCCCGCUCUCCUAGACGCGGCCGAUGAUCAGGUCAUCUACCGCGACAGCUACUUCUACCGCAACCGGCCGCAGUACGAGACGCUGUCGACCGGAGAUAUCGUCAACGUCAAGGACCACGGCGCUGCUGGUGAUGGCUCCACCGAUGAUACCGCGGCCAUUGUGGCCGCUCUCGCCCUGGCCACCGCCGACAACCUGAUCUACUUCCCCCCGGGCUCCUACAUCAUCACCAAGACCAUCGUGAUCCCCAAGCACGCCCGCAUCACCGGCCAGGUCUGGUCCCAGCUCGUGGCCUCCGGGGAUUACUUCUCCGACAUGACCUCCCCCAAGGCCAUGAUCCAGGUCGGCAACGCCGGUGAUGUCGGCCAGGUGGAAAUCAGUGACAUCCUGUUCACCUCGAUGGGCGAACUCCCCGGUCUGGUCAUGGUGGAAUGGAACAUCCAAGCCGAACUCCAAGGCUACGCCGGCAUGUGGGAUUGUCACUUCCGCGUGGGCGGUGCCUAUGGCACCAAGCUCCAGCUGGCCGACUGCCCAACCAGCGGCAUUGCCUCGGGCUGUGUGGCUGCCUCCAUGAUGAUGCACAUGACGCCCGAUUCCAACGGCUAUUUCGAAAACAUGUGGCUGUGGGUGGCCGAUCACGACAUUGACGACGCCGACAACACCCAAAUCACCGUGUCCGUGGCGCGUGGGCUCCUCCUCGAGUCGACUGCCGGCCCAACCUGGCUCUACGGCACGGCCUCGGAGCACUCCAUCCUCUAUCAAUACAACUUUGCCAACGCCACCAACACCUUUGCCGGCAUGAUCCAGACCGAGUCGCCCUACUACCAAUUCACCGACGCCACCGAGUCUCCCGGCCCCUUCAACGCCUCCAUCGGCCUCUUCCCCAACGAUCCCACCUUCCCGGAUGCCACCUGCAACGCCACCGCCGAGCUCUGCAACUUCGCCUGGGCCGUGACCAUGAACGAGGCCACCAACCUGACCAUCGCCGGCGCCGGUCUCUACUCCUGGUACGACAACUACCUGGAAACCUGCGUCGACACGCAAAACUGCCAACAACGCCUGGUCCUCGACGCGGGCGAGAACUCGGGCCUCUACAUCUGGAACCUGAUCACCAUCGGGGCCGUGGAGAUGAUCAGCAACACCUUCGACAACGACAUCAUCUUCGCCAAGAACAACACCCAAGCCAUCGGCCAUCCCUACUGGAGCGCCCUGGCCGGCUACCUCGACGACUACCGGCCCGAAAUCCUCUCCUGCACCGACGACUCCACGGACCCAGCCUGCCAAACGACCUGGAACUGCGACCUGACCCAAACCUACCCCACCCUCGACGCCCUCAACGACGCCCUCGCCACCUCCCCCAACCAAUGCAUGCCCUACUACGCCCUCGACACCCUCUACCUGACCCUCAACGCCUCCCUGACCAACUACACCGCCGCCAACCACAACUACGACAAAUACUUCAAAUACUACCAACAAUACAUCAAAGAAAUGGUCCCCGACGCCAUCAACACCUUCAUGGCCUCCUCCACGCCCAAACAACCCCACGGCGGCCCAGGCAACCAAUACUUCGACUGCACCUGCGAAGGCUACGGGCCCACCUCCACCCAACAAUGCCCCUUCACCUACGAACAACUCAUGGGCGCCACCCGCUUCACCAUGACCUACACCCUCAAGGACUCGGAGGGCUUCUACGCCGCCCUCGAAUCCACCUACGGGAUCAAUCGCACCUGGGUCGAAUUCACCAACAAAGGCGGCCCCGUCCAUCAAGUCGGCCACUGCUAUCCCGGGGAAUGUUCCAGCGGGACCGACUACCGCUACAUCAACAUCCCCCAGGCCGUCAAAUCCAGCAACAUCGACGUAACCAACCCCAAGGACAUCAUCACCGCCGCCCUCCCCUCCCUCGGCAACGUCACCAAUAACCUCCUCGCCCGGGUGAUGGACGUCGACCUCGGCGCCUGGGACGGCGGCAUGCAAGAUCUCUACGAGACCUUCUCCAUGCCCGUCUUCAUGAUCCAGCAGGCCAUCGCCUCCAUGGCACAGGUCAAAGCCAUCGGCGAGAAACAAGCCAAGGAGGAUAAAAUCAAACUCAUCCUGGAGAUCCUGGGCAUUGUGUUUGCCUUUGUGCCCUUUCUGGAUGAUCUCACUCCCGCGUUGGAUGUGUUGGAUGGGGCGUUUGAGACGAUUGCGACGGCGGGGAAUGUUGCCUUGGGUAUUCAGAGUAUUGUGUCCGAUCCGGCGUCCGCGCCGAUGGAUCUGUUGGGGAUGAUUGGGGGGGGUGGGCUCCGGGAUGAGGAUGAUUUUGCGAAGGCGGCCAAGGCGAGGAGGGCCUUGACCGAGGAUGAUUUGCAGAGUAUUGGGAAGGAUUUUAAACAGGAGGAGGAUCGGUUUGAUGAGGUGACGGAGCCGAAGUGUUCCGUUUGA